GCGAGAUAGAUAUACACCCUUUGGUUGAUAAUUCUUGAAAACCCCUUAUUUUCUGACAUUUAAAAAAAAUUACUCCCACAUAUAAUAUAUAAUAACAAAUUAAUAUAAAUAAUAAAAAUUCCCGUUUCAUGUAUUAAAUUAAAUAAUUAAAAAAUACCCCUCGAUGUAGGAUUAAUUAUUGAAUAAAUUGUCCAAAAUUCGUUAGUAAAAUGACUUCGGAAAGUGAGGAAUUUGUUGUGGAAGACUCCGACGAAUCCUUAUUGGAUAUCAUAGAGCUCAACGAUUUAGAAUUCGAUAUACCAGAGGUGGCUCAGCCCACCCUGGAAAAAGUCCUGUGGGACAUGGAAUCAGAAGAAGGCAGCGACACUGUCUCCCUGCAUUCUUUCCAAAGCAUGACGUCAAGAUUCAGGUCCAUGAUGUCCCACUGUAUACUGCAAGGUGUCUCCACGCAAAUUUCCUCAGCCUCAGACCGGGUCAAAGCGGGCCUACCAACAGUCAUAACUAAUAGUCUUAAAUAUGUAGCCAUAGGCACUUCACACGGUUAUAUUUUAACAUUUGAUUCUGAGCAAAAUUUAUGCUGGUGCUAUCAGGAUGCUGGUUUAUUGGACCAAGGUGCCAUAUCCGCUUUGGCUUUCAAUUUGGAAAGUACUAGGUUACUUGUAGGUUAUGAAAGAGGCUACAUUACGAUGUUGGAUGCAAAAAACGGAAAUUUGAUUCGUAAAAUGCCUGACGCCCAUGCACCUCAAACAGCAGUUUUACAUUUGAGGUUUACUUUUUUGAGUAAUUUGGCCUUGUGCGGGGACUCGUCUGGAUGUGUGUUUUCUAUGGGUUUCAAUAGGAGACUGGGAGUUAGAACUUGGGAUUCAAAAUGUUUGUUUUCUGGUGCUAGGGGCGAAGUUUGCGUGUUUGAACCGCUAGUGCAAGGCUACGAUAUUAAUUUUUUAAGUAGACAUGUUUUGGUAGCAAUGGCUACACUUUCAAAAAUUAUUGUAAUUAGUGUUCGUCCUCGUUUAAAAGUUCACUUUAGUCAACAAUUACCAAAAAUAUCAAAAUCGUUGCCUUUGGUUUCUUGGCAGUUGGUUUCAAUAGGUAAAACUUUUCAGCCGGUUUUGGCGUGGGCCAGAGGCAAUUUUUUGCAUUAUGCAAGGCUUAUAACAAAUUUUAGUUCGAGUAGCAACAACAGAAUCCGCUUAAUGCCUAUAAGAAACGUUCAGUUGCCUUAUACUGUAACUGCACUGCAUUGGUUAGGUACAAGACAUUUAGCUUUACUAGACACAAACGAAAAUCUACGCCUAAUCGAAGUGAGAACCCAAAGAGAAUUAGAACUUCUAGAACUCAGUUCUGCUGGCUUAGUUUACAGUUCGGCACAUUUUAAAGCCCUAGCAGUUGGUGGAGGGGUGAGUGAGGCUUUUGCCUUAGCAGGAGAACGUGCUUGUUACAACAGUUUAAGUAGCCGUGGUACUCAGUUGCUGGUCUUAGGCACUAAAGCUGUACACAUGGUGAAACUGCGCAGUUGGCCUGAGAGGAUUUUGUAUCUUAGCGAUCAGGGCAGGUGGUGCGAGGCCUUGAAUUUAGCCCUGGAAGAAGGUUUAAACAAAGAACGCUUUACUGUGGAACUUUUAGGCAAAUAUUUGGAUAAUUUAAAUCAGAAUAGGGUAGACAAGGAUAGUCUUACAGCAGCAGUUAGUUGCUGUGUUAAACUUAAUAAAACUGAUAUUUUGUGCAAUGAGCUUUUGGAGGCCGUCACAACUGACCAACAUAAUUUAGAGUGGUAUUACACUUUGCUUACAGAUCAUAUUUGUAAUGGGGGCCUAAAAGAUUUGUCUCCUUCGGUUUCUCAAAUGUUGGUGGCUUAUUUGGCUGAUAAAGAUCCGCAACUUUUGGAAAGUGUAUUGCUUUCUUUGGAUAUUGUUUCUUUAGAUUUGCAUCAAGUUUUAAAAGUAUGUAAAAGACUGAAAUUGUACAAUGCCUGGAUACACGUUACAACGAAAACUUUAGGGGAUUAUGCCUCACCCUUAACUGAAUUUGUUUCAGAACUGACUCCAGAGAAUAACAGAUUAGGCAAUACACUAUUAGUAUAUGUUUCCUCCUGCCUAGCCGGUCUAGGCUAUCCUACAGGAAAUAUUCCAGAAAAAGACAUAUCGCGAGUCAAAUAUGACGUGCUAAGGUGCCUGGAAACUGUUCAUUCAAUAAAAAGAAAACCAGACGAAGGCAAUUAUCCAUAUUUAAGAGCUUUGUUGAAAUAUAACACAAGAGAAUGCUUAAAUGUUGUAGAAUUAGCAUUUACAGAACCUGAAUUCGCUGGCGAAAUGGGUCUAUUACAGAGACAAAGACUGAUACAUAUUUUAAUGCAAACUGUUACCCCUCCUGAAUUCACUCAUAGUCAAAUAAUCAACUUGGCCUGUUUUAUAUCAAGAUUAGUAAUAAACAACAGCCUUAAAAUUGAUGAAGCCAUGCUAAAUUCAGUAGUAAAGUCCCUAACUAACACUAGUGACUCUCUGAGUGUGCGAGAUCAUUCUGAAAAAGAACAAGCCUGGUUGGAAUUAUUACAAGCAAAUAAGUUGCAACAUUUUGAUGCAUCAGACUUACUGCAAAUGGCUCUAGCAUCUCGGUGCUAUAAAGUAGCUGAAAACUUGUACGAAUCCCAAAAAAACUACUCAAACAUUUUGGAGUGUUACAUAAAUGACGAUAAUAGAAGAGCUGAGGUUUUUGAUUAUAUUUUAAGUUACAUUGAAGUGCCCGAGAGGCAAAUACAAAAACAAUUUUUAAGGCAGUUUGUUGUUUUGGUGGAUAUAAAUUGCGAAAAAACCACCGAAAUUGUGAUGGAAUAUUUUUCUAAGUACAUUGAAUCUUUGACUGAAGUAUUGAGGCCAGAUUUGCAAUAUAAAUUUUUAAGUGAGCUUGUUUCUAGUGAUUUUAAAUUGCCUAGUAGUUUGGCGGGAUUGUUUUUGGAACAAUUGUGUAUCAGAAAUCCUAGUAGGGUGUGCGAUUUUGUGUUGAUUUGCGGUUGUAGAAAUGAGGAGGCUUUGGAGAUUACCAGGAAAUAUAAGAUUCAUCAAGCUACCGCGUUACUGCUAGAACAAUCCGGCGCAUGGACAGAAGCCUUGGAAAUUCUAAUAUCAAGUGAUCUUAUAGAUGAAGCUGUGGCAUUGUGUAUUCGUGGUGCUGAGCAUCUAGACUCAGAAGGAGCUCAGCAUUUGUGGCUGACUUUAUUAAAAAGCAAGAGAAGCGUAAAAAAUACUUCAUUGAGGCAAUUGUUGCAUGCAGCAGCUCCUCACGUGUCUCCAGAUCAAUUAUUAGAUUUAGUUUCCAAUGUCAACUAUGGAGAAGUCAAAAGUUUGCUUCAAGGAAUGAUCAGUGAUUAUAAAAACGAUAUAGAAGUACUCAAAUCCACUAUGGCUGUAUUGGAUAAGGAUCUUCAUCAUAAAUUGGCAAAAUCUUUACACCAAAGCGGCAAAGGUGUCUCAAUAACCAAACUAACUUGUAACUUGUGCCAAAAAUCUUUGUCCUACAAAAAAGAAUUAGAUGCUAACAUUUGUAUUUGGGGGUGUGGGCAUUUGUUUCACUCUCAAUGUUUUAGUGCUAGUGAUUCAGCAGAUUUUUGCCCUGUUUGUAGAAGAACAGGAAAACUUUUGCCAAAAGUUAAAAAGGAAAUUGAAAAAAUUCAUUAUAAUGGUAGAAAUAAUAUGUUGAGGCCCGAUUUGGAAGGGCACUUUUAAUUCCUAGUCAAACAAAAACACUGCUAUUUUUUUUUUAGAAAUUUUUUCUAGUCUUUUUGCUUUAUAUUAUUAUCAUUAUUAGGUUUGUUCUUACGCGUCAAAAAACUUUCCCGGUAUACGAAUUUCGGUUUCUACGCAAAAAAUUUGGAACAAAUCUAAAAUUGUGCAGUCUAUAUUUUGGCAUUGGGUGCCUGAAAUUAAUUAUUGUGAUAUAUAUUUAUAUUUUUAUUAUUUGUACAAAAACAAAACUUAUAUAAACGUUAAAUAAUAAGAAAACUAUAAUUUAUUUAAAUAAAGUAAUUGUCAAGACAAAACAAAUUUUAAUUUCAAAUAUUUAUGGGACAAAAUAAUAAUACAAAAAUAAAUAUACUAUACAUAAAACUAUACAAGAUUUACAAAGACACCAAUACACUUAAGGUUUUGUAAAUUUAAAUAUUACAAGGGAUUUACAAUAAUUUCACUAUUUAAAUUAAUUUAAACAUUGGGAUUCUACUUAACUCACAUAGAGGUUGUAUUAUUCCUAUAAAUAUUAUGAAAUCUAGUUUUACAUUAUGUGAAAAUUCCUUUUAAAAAAUUUCAAAAUUUAAACAUCAGAAAAAUUAGAUAGAGUCGAUUUUACCCUAUAAGAAAACAAAUAAUAAAAUUCCUAAUUAAUUUGAAAAAAAUAGAAAAUACUCACCUAUUAAAAAGUAUCGUGUCAGAGGUGCUUAAAAGUUGCUGUAAAACAGCAAUAACCCCAAAUUCCCUUAAUUUCGUUUGCCUUUCCAUUGCCCCCGGUUCACCCUGCCUGGAAAGAUUCCCUAUACAAAACACUGCCGAUUCCUGUAAACAAGGAGCAGGAUGAGUCAUGUAUGCCACCAGUUUCUUUAAAAUAUCCUCAUUGAUCAUUAUAUGGUCUUUGGCCCUUUCUCCGUCAGCUA